AUGGACAGCGAUGCGGAGACAGAGAAGGACUUCGAAUUUACAACAGGCAUUUCGACCCUCCACCACAUGGUAGAGGAGCAGAGCAGCGAUUCCGGCGAGCCGGAGAAGGAGCCCAGCCAGGCUUUGAGGCCCUGGACGUCGGUACAUUCUACGAGGGCUGCUCGGGACGCCGCGCUGUUUUGGAGCUCCAUGUAUUCCCCACCAGCACCACGGCUCCGACCUGCGCGCGUUCUGUGCGUGGCCCGGAGGUACGAACGCAAGAGCAAGUUUGUGGACUUCGUGGGAGAGUACCACCUGGACUUAAUCCAGGAGUUCGGUGGGGCACCGAUCAUGGUGCCAAGAACAGUUGGAACACUGGCGAGCCUGUUGGAGUACUUGCCCAUGGAUGGUCUCUUGGUGGUCGAGGGCAACGAUAUCUCUGAUGAUGUCUUGCGCAAGUACAAAUGCUCCAUCCCGUCGCGCCUGGAGGGCGAGGCCGCCGCCCAGUUUGCAAGUGACACUGAAUUUGACAUCUCCAAAGACGAGCUCGAGUGUGCUUUGAUGCGAUACGCCCUCUUAUCUGGAUGCCCCAUUUUGGGCCUUUGUCGAGGAUCUCAGAUGCUGAAUGUCCUGCGGGGUGGAACUUUGUACGGUGACCUGGCGGCCGAAACUGGCACCACGAUCCAGCACUUGCAGCCCAACGGGCCCACCUACGACAGCUUCCGUCACCCAAUCGACGUUCACGCCAAGACGCCGCUGGCACACUGGUUCCACGACUCGCUGGACGCGGAGACUGGCGGGCAGCUGAUGGUCAACUCCUACCACCACCAGGGAUCGAAGGAGCUGGGCAGCGGUUUGCUGGAGAUGGCCUGCGCCCCCGAUGGAGUCACCGAGGCCUUCUACGAUGAGAAGUACGACCCGGAGACUGGCCACUACGUUGUUGGCCUGCAGUUCCAUCCAGAGCGCAUGCUGGGAGAAUAUCCUGGCUGCAAGCGAGUCUACGAGAACUUUCUGCGCGCUUGCUGUUCUUUCAGGCAGCGUGCAGAUUUGCCUCAGUGA